AUGUUCAGUUCUGAUAAUAGACCAUUAGGAGAGGGGGAUUUGCGGAAAUUGCUUAAACUUUAUCGCACGGAGAUCUCUAUGGCAGUUGAUGAUGUCUUUCCAUUGCUUCAUGGACUUGCAGAUCAUGAUGUUAUCACGGAAGAAAUGUUCAAGGGCACUCUCCAUCUGAAGGAGAAGGAGGGUUGCCACAAGGCCUUUCAUGCCAUGUUGACAUGGCUGCUGAACCGGGACUCAUCUUCCAUCCAGGGCUUCUGGAGGGUCCUCUUCAAGGAUUACAACCUAGAGAGAUAUUCCAAACUUCAGUCCAUUCGGAGCAGCUUUCCCAAAGACAUGGAUUUCAGCAGGUAUCACAUCAGGCCAAGGAAACUCCCAACCAGUCCUAAGGUAUUGACUCAGCACAAGUCCCAAGGAAAGAGAAAAGCAACAGAGGAAAAAGAUGGUUUGCACCCUCCUCAACCUUCAGCAAGAGGCGCCCCACAACUUGGGUCCCUUCCAAAGGCAAAAUCUGUGAAGAGAUCAGAGAAUGUUGAGAUUCAGCAUUACCCUCUUCCAAAUGGUGAUGAUGCUAAGAAAUGUAUCAAAGCUGGUGGUGAGUUUUAUGUGCCAAACAAAUUGGAAGAUCUUGGAGAGAGAAAUAAAGCUCAUGAACCAAAGCCUGAUGGGAAAGCCAAAGAAUCCCAGGUCUGUGAAUAUGGAAUUCCACAGACAGAACAGAACAAAACAAAACAAGCAGCUGCACAAGUGAACCCUUCAUCUAGUACUGCAUCAAAGAGCCAGAAUGGGGCUGGCCAGCUGGAAGAGAAGGCAGGCCUCCUGCACCUUUUAGAAGAAGGAGUGUCAGCAGCAGGUAAUGGAAGUCAAAAAGCAAACUUGCAGAAUAGGUGCCUCACCAUCCCUUUUCAUACUGGGGAUCCAGCUCCCCAGCAGAGAGCCUUGCACAGCUAUUGUGUUUUUUUUCUUCUCCUUGUCCUGCUAGAUGAUUCCUCCGGCUCACUGAACGAUGAUGAAUGUGCUGUCUGCAGGGAUGGUGGGGAGCUGAUCUGCUGUGAUGGGUGCCCUAAGGCCUUUCAUCUCACCUGCCUGGUGCCCCCACUGACAGAGAUUCCCAGUGGGACAUGGAGGUGUGAUUCCUGCUCCCCUGGGAAGGUGAAACAGGACAGGCACAAUGAAGAAGAAAACAACAGAAAUGCACUUUCUCAAACUCAGUCGACUAUGACUUAUGGCGACCUUAUGAAUCAGCAACCUCCAGGUGCUGUAUAUGUCCAGAGAACAACUGAAGAUGGGAUGAGGGUUCUCAUAAAAGAACCUGUCUGUGCCUCCUUCAGACAGCCUCUGCCUUCCAUGUCCCCCAUGCCCAUGGCAGCACCGCCAGUUCAGACUCCGGGAACAGAGAAGCAGCUGAAAUUGACCAUUGGGGACAAAUGCGGUAUAUGCAGAAAAGGAGGUGACUUGAUCUACUGCAAUAAAUGUUUCCGGGCUUUCCACUGGCCCUGCCAUUUUCCUGCCCGUGCAGAUCAAAUCAGUGGAAUCUUAAUCUGCAAAUCCUGCACUAGUAGCAACUAUUCUGCAACCAUCAGCUUAGAAGGAGCAACAAACUUGAAUACUCCUACACUAAGAGCAGUAAAGGUGGUGGAAGAAUCUGCUGGGACUGAACCUCUUCUGAACAAGAAUGAGCUGGACUCUCUCUUAGGGGAGAAUACCUUUGAUGGAAUCUUGCAUUGGGCAUUCCAGAGCAUGUCUCGUCCGCUGUCAGACACCCAAGGCUUUUUCUCAUAGGACUCUGGAUUUGGUACUGUUUUGCCGGACACAUUCUCAUUUGUCUUUUGCUGAAACAUGGGCCCCCAAAACAACUUGCUUAUGUGAUCUCUAUUUACUGUGAUGAUAGUUCUGUUAAAUUGAUGCUUCUAUGCUCAUUUCCAAUGGAAAGAAUUACUUAUCACUCUGUCAUUCAGAUAGAGUGCUACAACCUAGAUCUGACCAGGUGUUUUCUCUAAACCACUCUCCAAAUUUAAUUACCAGGAAUGUUUAGGUUCUAGGAACCAUUUCAGACAGCAUUUAAAGGAAACUGUGUAACAAGAAGUGAUAAAACACAGCAGAAGCUCAUAGAUGCUCUAGAAUAAGAAAAGGGAGAAUCCAAGCUACCUAAGGGAAUAUUCUAGGACAAAAUGUAAACAAUAGGGAUAGGAAACAUGUGGCCUUCCAGAUGCUAUGGAUUCAAGCUCCUAUUAGCCCCAGCCAGCAUAGGCAAUGGUCAGGGAUGAUGGGAAGUGUAGUCCAGCAUAUCUGGAGGGCUACAGGUUUCCUUCUCUGCCUGGUAUAUAAGAAACAAGCAGAGAAGAAUCUGCUUCAGAUUUAAGUUUCUGAAGGCUGAAGUCAAGAGGCAAUUCCAAGCUUCCCAGUCGUGGUCAGAACAUGGUCCAUUAUACCAGAAAGUCAAAGCUGGUCAAGACAUGAUGAACAUCAUAGAAGCAAACUGCCUUAACUAUAUCAGUAUGAGUCAAGAUCAAGAGGGGAAUUUCUUUCUGUGACAUUUCACAUAGUUGAUAAUAAGUGUUGCUUACAUGAUUAUGGGAUCUCAUAGGUAUUUGUGGACUGCCCUUGGGUGAUUUUGCUUAUUCCCUAUGUUUUUUCAAUCUAUAUUCCCAUUCUUUCAAUCACUUAUACUAUUAAUCCUUUCCCCUCCCCUUUUUAUUAAUUACCAAAGUUCGGAUGACCUGUUUCACAGCUUGGAAGUGCCAGAGUGUCGGAGAGGGCAAUUGUGUCAACAGCCUGGUCAACUGUGUCAACUCAGAAGCAAUUGUGUCCACAGCCUGGCAUAUUUCACCAUUCCAUGGCAAGACCAAGCCCUUGACAGGAUGACUAUCUCUGGCUUCUGGAAAAUCCUGCAAAGAUUUCAGGAAUCUCUUGGAUUCCAUAACUAUCCAGGACAGGACCAUCCUAAUGUGUCCUCCACCCCUGCAGUGGGGAUUGGUGCUGCAACACCAAACUUCAGCAGAUAAUGGUCUGACCAUGACAAUGGGGUUAAUUCAGUAUCCAGACCCCCUCCCACUGGUGGGCAGGGCCAGAGGCAAAAAAUGGGUGCGGCUCACAGGGAUGGAAAGCUGUUAAAUUUUGGUUCAUUCCGUUUCUCAUUUUUCUAGUCUUAAAUUCAGUUUUCUACACUUCUGCAGCAAAUUUGCAAUUUGUUAAUUUUUAAAAAUCCUAGUAAGAAAUUCUUCAGAAUUUUAGUGUGAAUUUUGCCCAAUACACAUUUUUGUAGGUGGUUUUGACUAAUAUACACAUUUGUGCAGGUUUUUUCACCAAUAUUUUCAUUUUGUGCACACUUUCCACUAAUAUUUGCAUUUUUGUAAACAUUGGUUGGUUGGAGAACUGCAUCACAAAAUUUGGUCAAGUGCAAAUUUCAGAGGAUGGCUGUGUUUUGGUUCUCAUAUUGUUUUGAAAGUGUGAAUCUGAUAGGGUUGGCUUUAAAUGUGAACUGAAUGGCGUAUCUCCUCCAUGCCUAGUGCCUCCCAAUUAUGUACAGGAGGCAACAUUCCAACCACACAAAAGUCAGAUUUCUACGUGUGCACACUUCUCCAGCCAGGCAAGGAAGAGGCAUUACCACUGUUGGAAAAUACAUGCCAGCCAGGCAAAUGCAUGAAGAGGGUGUGCAGCAAGGCCAGUGAGGUGUGUGGCCUGAGAAGAGGGUCUCUAGACUGAGUUUGGCCUCUAGACUGAGUUUCCAACCCCUGUAACAGACUAUGUUUUUGGAAUAUAAUACUAACAAAAGCAAUUUCUUAUAUUAAACUGGAAACAUUUUGAAAUCAAUUAUUGCCAGCUAGAUCUUUAAAGACAUGUUGGACACCAAACAGCAGAUUGAUACUGUUAAAAAUAAUGCUGUGCAAGGGUUAAGCCAGUGUAUAGAGUUGGGUUUGGAAAUGUGUAUAAUGUACUGCAAAAACACACAGCUCCUGAGCAGAGCUCUUAGUUGAUUAAUUUUAUUAAAUGUGAGAUAUUAAUUUAAUUAAUGAAAUGUCCAUAUAUUUUAUAUGAUUGAAAUAAAUUCUGAAGAAGUAGUAAUUGAUUUAUUUGCUUUUAGAUGAUAUAAGCAUAUACCACCACAGGCACCAUCUUAAAAAAGGCAUUCCUUGAUGUGACAGGGGAGGGAUGCACUCUCCCACCUGCUUAUUUUUCCUAAACAAAGUUGUUACAAAUAAUUAAUGCCUGAAAGUAAAACAUCCUGCUUUUUGGUUAAUUAUUGGAUAUUUAUAAAGGCUAGCCCAAUGAAUCAUUUUUUUUAAAAAGAGCUGGACUGCCUUGGUAUGACAUCCUCCUUUUUAUUGGUUUUCAAAAAUGUAAGCAAACACACAAUAAAACAAGUACACCAAAAAUUGUGAGUGGAGGUUGACUUCCAGAGCACCUAAAAACAUACAAUACAAGGCAUGUAAUUGUUCAAAUUAGCGAGCCAGAGAUUUAAGCUGAAUGUGAUGA